CUAUAGCCAACCAUCGUCAUAUUGCUACAUUGACCUGAUAACUUCACAGGAAUAUAUUUCCAAAACAUAUAUCAAACAAUGCUAUCCUCCAAUUGGCUCAAAUAGGCAAAUUACAUUCACGAGAACAUCAUCCUUUAAAUCUGCGACCAUUCAAACCCUCUAUUAGUUCCCAAAUUUGAACCAACUUUUUAAUGUUUGAUUCUUAAGGAACUCGUGAACUUAUUCCUCCUUCUUCAAAACCCACGUCCUCAUCUUCAAAUUCCAUGUUUAUAUAUACCAAUAUCAUCACCUUCAACGAACCCAAUUACUCUUCCAAGUAUCUCUUCGAACUUAUAUCCCAAGCCUUCCAUAUUCAUCCUUCUUCAAAACCCACGACCCCAUGUCGGUUUCUUUAGAAGCUUUGGCAAUGGCGGGGAUUGAUUCCAAUGAGUGGGCUAUGGAUGCUGAAGAAUGGGAACGAAACGAAAUGGAGAAGGACAUUCCGCCUCAUUUAUUGGCCGAUGAAGACGACGAGGAAGACGAAAUGAGUACUAAGUUUCCAGCCACCAGAUGCAGCUGCUGCCGGAAAGAUGACGGUGUUGGUGGUGUGUCCUGCUCUCCGACGAUCAUGUGGCAUUUGAGAAAAAUCACAGAGAAGAGAGAUUUGAAUUGCCUGAGCUCAAUGGAAAUAGUGACCAGCGCUGUUGUAGGGUUCCUAAUGUUCAUGACCAUAAAGAUAAUAGCUUCAAAAAGAUCCAAAUCCUAACAAGAACUGAACAAUGUAAGCUUUUCAUCAAAUUGUUUGACGCAAUAAUUUGUACAAUUAUCUCACAUAGCCACAACCACACUCACACAAUUGGUUGAUCGUUGACCGAGGGUGGCGCGUUGUCCAAGCUGAGCCGAGUCGCACGUGAUUUGAGCUGAGAUCGUGUGGCUAUUGGUUUAGGCUUGAGAACGAACUGGGUCGUGGGCUUUGUGUGAAGGCUGCUGGACUAGAGAGCUUCUAGGUUGGGCUAGGUUUUGGGCUGCUAGACAGUGGGCUUAAUGGGCCGGUGU